AUGAUUUGCAACUGCUUUCUUCUAAUAAUUGUUACUUUGGUCAUCAGUAAUUGUGAUGGUAUCUGUCUGAAUCAUGAAGGCUGGGGAAACGUCGGGUCUGUCUUCACCGACCCGCUUUGCAAUGUUUGGUGUGAAAUUAAACUUUGCGGUCCCGGUCAGUGCAUAGAAGAUCCGAUGACAACUGCGCCAGCUCGAUGCGUUUGCGAGAAGUGUUAUAGAGACAACAGUGGUAAUGCAGUUUAUCCAGGAGGGAACAACGAUUACCAGCAACAAGCUCAAAUGAAUCGUGAACGGCAACUUGAUAGACAGUAUAAUAGACAACUUCGGCAACAAAAUCGUAUGAAUAAAGCAUGGCAACGUGGAUGGCAGUGAGAAUGGAAUUUGUUAAUUUGAAUUUUUCGCUUGAAAUUGUCGAUGAAAACUUUGUUCAAUAAACUUUUC